CAAUACUUCACUGCCCCAACGCGUAUUCAAAAGGCAGAAUGGCCUCAACAGGCACUCAGCUAAGCCUCAACCCUCGUCAUCACGUAGUCAAAAUUGAAGGCGCCCGCGAAGACAGCGAAAGCCAUGGCGAAGAUCUCAUCGCCCAGCUGAAGGCCAUUCCCUCCGAUGUAACAGCGCUCCGGAUCGAAGAGGAAACCCCCUCAAACAAGGAAUGGGCCAUUCUCGGCUCACAUUUCACCAACAUCCAGUCCUUGGAAUUAGACAGCGGAUAUAACGAGGAUCUCAAUGACAAAGAAUUGCCUCUGCAUUGGCCCCUCAAGCGGUGCAAACUCCUCAAUGCCUGCGGGGAAGUCACUCGAACUCCGCACAUACGGCAAGGCCGCGUGAGCCAUCUCAUCCUGUUGCUUACCUCCGGUAUCCGCUUCGAAGGACCCACGUCGAGCGAGUUGAGCAAAGCACAUUCCCAGGCGAUUGCCCGGGGUGAAGCGAAAGCCGAUUACAUCACUGUGGAAGAAGGCACUCCUGAGGAAAGACAGAUCCAAAUCACAAGGAUCCCCGAGCUGGCCGGUAAAUGGAUGAAUAACAAAUACGAGGGCAAGAACGGGCACCAGUUAGAAGAAGAGAACCGCCCACCGCCGAUGAUCAAUCUACACACGCUAGAAAUUCUAGAAAAUGAUGCCAUCGACACCUUCUGCCGAAUGACCCUCGCAUUACCUCAUCUCAUCGAGAACCUGACGUCGCUAAAUCUCCGCUCAACGCAUUGCCUGGACUUCCAACUCCUACACGAAAGCAUGAUCCAGCAUCUUCUACCACAACUUUCCGGACUGGAGACGCUAAAGUUAUCCAUCGGCGAGGUCUUCACCGACGAGUCCCGUCUACUUACAUUAUACCAAUGGCUUCCACCAAACAUAUCGACCCUCCGGUUCCGAGGCCCAGCAUCCCUGACCAAAUCCCCAGAUUGGAACAACUGGGUCCAGGCCUUCGCUGAGAGCGAUUUUCUCCCCAAUCUCAAGCGACUUUCCUUCGUCCUAGACCUUCACUACGAAUCAAGUGAUGACUCUUUUGGUCGCAACAAAAAACUGAAAACAAUCCCCGAGCACACCCUCCACGAAGCCCGCGCAGCAUGCGAGCCCCUCUACGAAGCUGCCCGAAACCGCGGGAUCGUCAUCGAACGUCUCUACGACGAAUGGUCAGACGAGUGCCAGAUUCUGAGACAAGUCGACGAUCGGUGGCUAUGUUGACCCCAUGGAUACACCUAACAAAAA